AUGGCGGACAACAAUAAAUCUUCGCAAAACAAAGGAACUAUCAAAGCACAAUAUCAACAAAAACGCCUCAAUGAAAGCACAAAGGCUUACGACAAAUACAUCAACGCAUUUCUAAAAAAGGGCAUGAUCAGAGGGAAAUACCGACGUAAAGUCCGCUUCCCAACCACCACCUCAAAUAACAAAGAAUCCUCCCCAAGAGCAGCAUCCUCUCCCGCCCACCCCAGAACAACCAGACGCAGGCUGCAUGGCAGUAGUGCAGCUCCUAGCAACUUAGAGGAACGGCACAAGCAACAGGCGUUGAAAACCGAUUCGUCUCCCCACACCACCAGGGAGCCUUCAGCAGCAGCAUCAUUGUAUCCUCAUUCGCACGGCAAGCGGAGAAAAAGGAAGAAUAAGGAUAACAUGGCUGCCCCACAAAGCCUUCACGGUCAAUAUCAAAAGAGCAUUCCAGACUUAUUCACACAGCUACCCUUAAUCCGUGACCAGCUAGUUACGGAGACUUCGAAAACGCAGGAUGCAACGAUUGACCAGUGUCUCCCGUUCCUGAAGGGGCUUGCCAGCUCCCAGACUGGCCCAUUCAAUCAAUUUGGCGUGCCACGUCUGGAUCGGGACGCCCAUAUUUCGUUCCUCUAUGACUCUCUCGAGUCUUACCCUGAGCGGUUUGUCGGACUUGAUUCAAGUCGUCCGUGGAUGGUCUACUGGGCAUUAACCGGAUUGUAUCUAUUAGGGGAAGAUGUUACGAAGUUUCGGGAACGCGUCAUAGCUACUGCUGCCCCGAUGCAAAACUCCACGGGGGGUUUUGGCGGAGGACACGGCCAAAUGUCGCAUUGUGCUUCUUCUUAUGCACUUGUACUUUCUCUGGCCCUAGUGGGCGGGCAGGAUGCAUUCAAAUUGAUCAAUCGGACGGCAAUGUGGCAAUGGCUUGGGAAAUUGAAGCAAGCAGAUGGCGGCUUUCAGGUAACCCUUGGCGGUGAGGAGGAUGUGCGAGGCGCAUACUGUGCAAUGGUUAUGAUUGCCUUGUUGGAUCUUCCGCUCCAACUACCUCUCGAUUCGCCCGCCAGACAUGCUGGCUUUGACACUUUCGUAAGCGGGUUGCCAGAAUAUCUGUCUAGAUGUCAAACUUUCGAAGGUGGGAUUUCUGGAAGUCCGGGGACGGAAGCCCAUGGUGCAUAUGCCUUUUGUGCUUUGGCAUGUCUAUGCAUCCUUGGCGACCCUAAGGAGAUGAUCAAAAGGUUCAUAUAUGGAUCUUCCGCUCUUAAUAUCAUGGCUCUCAGCUACACAGCGUGCUCCGGAAGAAACCCCGAUUCCUAUCAUACCUGUUAUAUCCUGGCUGGUUUAAGCACCGCACAACACCACCACUUCCAUACAGGCAUAGCCUCGGCGGGGGAACCUAAUAAUCCAUUUCCAUCCGCAUUUUCCUGGUCGCAUGCACCUGCAACCGCAUCAACAGAACAAGGCCAGUCAUCUAUUGUUUUCAAUGAGGAGGAUCGACUAGAAGUCGUCCAUCCUCUAUUCGUCAUUCCGCAUCGUGCAGCGGGGAAGUUGCGAGAAUGGUGUCAGAAGCAUCCGCUCCAAAUUUGA